ACCCCAGGGUGCGUGUCUCAGGCUGCGGGGGAGGGAAGCUCGCACUCCCCGUGCGCGGGGGCGGGGCCCUCAAAUCGAGACCAUUUCCCGGUAAAGUCGCCGGGAAGUUCCGGGGCGGCUUAGCGGAAAACACUGUCGUCAUGCCAGGUCCUGGUAGCCAGCCCAGUCCCCGGGGCCCGCCCGGACGUUGAUUAGUGUCCGGGUUGUUUACUGCGGAGCUCCAGCGCCCCGCGACGCUCCUCCCGCGCCCCACCCUCCCUCCUCCGCCGGCGAGCGCGGCGACCGGCGUGCUCGGAGCGCGGCCGCCACCAUGGGGAAUGGGAUGAACAAGAUUCUGCCUGGUCUGUACAUUGGCAACUUCAAAGAUGCCAGAGACAUGGAACAAUUGAGCAAGAACAAGGUGACACACAUUCUCUCUGUCCAUGAUAGUGCCAGACCCAUGUUGGAGGGAGUCAAAUACCUGUGUAUUCCAGCAGCAGACUCACCAUCUCAAAAUCUAACAAGACAUUUCAAAGAAAGUAUUAAAUUUAUUCAUGAAUGCCGGCUCCAAGGCGAGGGCUGUCUUGUGCACUGCCUGGCUGGAGUCUCCAGGAGUGUGACGCUGGUGAUUGCAUACAUUAUGGUUGUCACUGACUUUGGCUGGGAGGAUGCCCUACAUACUGUGCGUGCAGGGAGGUCCUGUGCCAACCCCAACCUGGGCUUCCAGAGGCAGCUCGAGGAGUUUGAGAAGUGUGAAGUACAACAGUAUCGGCAGUGGCUGAAAGAAGAAUAUGGGGAGAGCCCUUUGCGGGAUGCAGAAGAAGCCAGAAAUAUUCUGGGUAAAUAUAAAGAGCAAGGGCAUAUGGAAUCCCAGCCUGGUGCCAGGAGGUGGAGCAGCUUUUCCACCCUGCCUUCUAUGGCCUACAAUAAUUACACAACAGAGACCUAACACAGAGGGAUCUGGUGUCUGCCUUCCUGCCUACUGCUGGUCUUCCGUGCUACCUAAGAGCCAUGUGCUGGUGUGCUGGUUUGCUGGCUGCUGCCUCCAAAGAUGGCAAAGGGAGAUGGAAUGCUCAGGGCUCCUUCCCCCGUGACCUGACUAAAUCCUCCAUCAGACCCCUUCACUCUGUCCAUAUUUACCCUGAUGGCCUCACCUGAGCUUGCUACACCUGGGAUAUUACUGGGAAGCUAUACACCACCGUGAGUGAGUUUGUGUGUGUGUGUGUGUGUGAGAGAGAGAGAGAGAGUGUGUCUGCAUGUGAACACAUGCAUAUGCAUGUUUGGGCAACUAUGGUUAGCAUGUAUGAACAUGUAAAAAAGUAGACUCAUGGGUACAUUGUGAGAGAGUAGAUUUAUUUUGUUGGAAGUCAUAAAAUCCAUGCUGCCAAGAUUGGUGUGACCACCUGUUUUAUUCAACUCCUCAUGGAAGGCAUUUGAAUUUCACUUCUGGAAAGCUUCUUGCCGAGUAGCAGUUAUACCUGUGAGCAGACAGUGAGAAGAACUCAGGGGCAGGAAUAGCUGAAAGCAGUGGCCUUUUAGAGAAGGAGGGUAAUGUGUAGGGAAAGGAGGCAUGAGGCCCUUCCUAAAAGGGGAGUGUUUCCAGGUUCCCUGAGAGGCUGUGAGUAUUGGACAGGAGAAGAUAUUCUAAGCAUUCCCUUAGGCUUAAUAUUAAGUGCACAGGCCUUGGACUUCCUGCUGCCUCAGUCCAGGCCUCUUUUCAACCCAGCAUGUCCCUGAGUUCUACUCAAUGUCUGUCUCAACUGUAUUUGAAUUCCAUGAUGAGCAGAACUUCAGCCAAAAUUGGCCUGAACCAGAGGGCCCAUCCUGGCUCCUCUAUCCAGUUUCUUGCACCCCACCCAGCCCCUGCCCCAGCCUCUUGUUAUUCUCACUUGGCAGGGCUUCUUCUUGAGGUUUGCAUGUACCUGUAGAAAUAUGGGGUGGGGUGGGAGAGCAUUGAUUAAACACUGUAGCAGUUACAUUCUAAAAUGCCUGACCAUGUACUAAGCUCCUCUUUGAUGUAUGCUAUGGAUUUGUUCUUUGAUCUCAGCUACCUCAUUGUUUUUGAAAGGUAGGGUUUGUUAUUGUGCUGGUCAACUCUGCCUCAUGGCUGAUAAUAUUUGGUCAUAACUUUUAUUAAAGCCCAAGGGGAAAAGUCAUUAUCAUUGAACUAUUUAGUUUCUGAUUGGGCUCCCAUACAUAAUGCGUUCUGGUGGGUAAAAAUCUACAAUUCAGCCAUCAGAGCAUCUGGUUUGCAGUUUGGAGUAGUAGACAUUCUGAGAUGCUAUGCACAUUUCAGUGGUCCAGUCCUUUAUAAUAAUUUAAAUUUCUUAAGCACAGAGUACCACAUGAAAAAAAAAUAUUCUCAACUUCUCUGUGAAAAGAUGUUGUAACCUGGUUUCUCUGAAUUCUACCACUCAAAGAGCUCCUGAGUGAAAAGCAAUUUUCCCACACAAAGAGGGCAUCAAAGGCACACUCCUUAGAAGACCAGAGAAAAUGCAGUUACCAACUCUGCAUAAGUGUAAGGCCCUGUAUAAAUGAUGAACAAGAAAGAGAAAUGUGGCCUUAAAAUUAUUGAUCUUCAGCAAAAACAGUUUUCUUAUAAAGUACAUUUUCCUUAAUCCAAAAAGAAAUUGAAAUAUGCUAGCUAAAGAAUUAUUUAGAGGGGCCAACAGUAGUAAACUAUUUGCUUAACAUACACAAAGUUCCAGGUUCCAUCUCCAACACUGCAAAAAAUAAUGAGAAAAAAACAUGUUUGGAAUAUUAGAAUGAAUACUUAAAUCUACAUGUGCAUUUAUGAACAACUAUAUGUAUUUCUGUAAGUUUUGAAAUGUUUUAAUUUUUGUUGCCAGAAGUGUUCUUUCUCCACAGCCACCCCAGGAAUUCUGAAGUACUGGUCCUUUCUCAGAAGACUGUAAUGUACCUGGAGUUUCUGAAAUAUUGCAAAGUUCAGACUGUGCUGCCAAAAAGAAAAUCCACUUAGAGUUUAUUUUUAAGUUACCAGUAGUGAUUUGUAAACUUUUGUUCAUUUCAAACUGAAUAUAUGUAUAAAUCAUGUUGUAUUGUAUUGAGAAUUGACAGCAAGAGCAAAUAUUUUACCUUAACUCCUCUGCCCUGACAGAGACUCUAGAAUAAUCUUGAGAGCCCUGCUAUACUGUUUAAUUUACUGUUUAGCAAUCACAGUUGCUUCUCAUAAACCCAAGGAAUAAGCCAACACUUACAGAUUGUGUUGAUGUAAAGUCUACUCUCAUGGUCUUCAGUCUCCCAGCUCAGGAAAUAUCUCUUGGUAUAUUUAUUACCAUGGUUUACACUCUCCAUGGGGAAUAUACCGGAUGCUAUGUGUUUUUGUUAAUAAAGGGCAACUUCAUUAA